ACGAGCCGCCACGCCGUACUGGUUGGCUCACCAAGGGCUCGAAAGUAGGGGAAAUUUAGCGGAGGGGAUAAACGGUCGUCGUCUUGUGCUCCCCCCAACGUCCUCAUUGCCAUCUAGAGUCCAGAACCCCAAUCCAAAUAUCCCCGCGCUCAGUCGCGCCGAAGUCGCCGAAUCGGGUGGUUUUAUGUCGGUCUCCACAUUGUAUUGCAAGCACGUGUACUUUAUUUUAUCGUUAUAUCCAAACAGUAUUCGUCGCCGUUGCAGCGGAUCGAGAGCGUUUUGUUUUAAUCACCUAUUUUAUGCUAGUGCAAAUAAAAACGCACCCGUGUUGAUUAAUUAUGUCGAUAUCCUAGUGCAUCGUUUUCACUCAUUGAUGAUUUUCAAUCAGUGGUCUAGACUCAUUCACAUUUAACAAAACAGUGCAAAAAUCACUUGGUAUCCACAGUGCAGUUGUUAAAUUCGAUUUCCAAAGACUGUUAGCUUAGCAUUGAGAUUGAGAAUAACCAUAAUAAUGAGGUAAAACGUUUGUCAGAUCGUGAUUCAAGAGACCCUUCUCACUGUCGAACGAUGUGAAAAAGCGAAAGCAGUAUCGCAGAUCGUUUCAUUUAUUUCAUUUGACUUUUAACUGGUUUUGACGACAGGCACUAAGUAGAGUUUGGUGCGUGGAACGCUUUGUAUAAUUACAAGCCUCGGGUGAUUAUCGUUAAUUUUAUCGAUCGGUUAUCUGCGAGUGGUGAUAAUAAUCUAAUGAAAGCAGAUGACGAAUGACUGUCAAUCUGUAUCAAUAUCUGGAAUAAUUCGAAUAAACGAGUGACUUGAAAGUGGUUAAACGGCAAUAUGUCGUUUAAAAAUGUUAUCUCGUUUUCGUUCUUGUCUAUAUUAUUGGUGUUGAUGAACUUUUCGGUGCCAAUUUACUCUACUCAUGGUGUAUGCGAACCAAUAAGGAUUGAAAUGUGCCGUGGUGUUGGUUAUAACGUAACGGCGAUGCCAAAUUUAGUUGGAAAUGAAAUUCAAAGGGAGGCUGAUUUUACCCUGCAAACUUUCAGCCCUUUGAUUCAAUACGGAUGCAGCGCACAGCUUCAUUUGUUCCUGUGUUCAGUGUACGCCCCGAUGUGUACCGAAAAGGUACCUUCGCCGAUCGGUCCUUGCAGGGGUCUUUGCGAGCAAGUUAGAGCCAGAUGUUACCCAGUUCUAUUGGGCUUUGGUUUCCCAUGGCCAGCCGCUUUGAAUUGCUCGAAAUUCCCACCCGAAAACAAUCACCAACACAUGUGUAUGGAAGGACCUGGCGAACCCGGACCCGCCAAUCCAGUCCAGGCGAUCGGCGACGGGAACGGUCCCUUGGGAUGUUCCUGGUAUGCGAAAUCAGGUCUCUACGUAUUUCUGAAUCGUUCCGGUCGUUGUGCCGCAACUUGUGACGCGGAUGUGUUAUGGUCUCAAAAGGAUAAGAGAUUAACAGAGGGUUGGAUAGCGGCAUCGGCCACCGUCUGUCUCAUAUCAGUGGCAGCGGCGAUCCUGGCUCUCCUGAAACCGUACAAAAAUCAACACCCUCGGGGCGUCGCGGACUCCGUAGAAAGAGCAAUAGCGUGUCUCGCCCUAUGUCACGCGGCGGUGGCAGUUGGUCAUGUGAUACGUUUGGCAGCCGGGAAAUUUGCGGUCGCUUGCACACCAGCGAUGUCUCUUCACCCUCCAGAACUAGUGGUAAUAGCGCAACAACAGCAUCAGUACCUCACUCAGGACGGACUCUCUAACCCCUACUGCGCUCUUGUAUUCCUCCUCAGAUAUUACUUCGGAAACGCCGCCAGUGUAUGGUGGGUAGUCGUCUGCGCAUGGUGGUGUAUUUCGACAAGAAGAUGGACUAAAUCGAAGUCCUUGGGAUUGGCUGGAGGCAAUUCAACCUCUAGGGAAUUACAAGAUCAAGGUUUUGGAUUACAACAAGGAUGUUCGACACUCGGUACAGUAGCUUCCUGGGGAUUACCUGCCGUUCACACUAUUGCCGUACUUGUAACGAGGGACGUCGACGCGGACGAGCUAACUGGAAGUUGUUUCGUCGGUCAGCAAAGCACGAGAUCACUCUUGGUCCUUGUAUUAGCACCUCAGUUCGUCUACAUAUUUUUCGGGCUGUCUUUUCUGUUGACCGGAAUGAUGACUCUGCUUUUACCUCGACCAUCGGUGACCCCCUCACCAGUCUUGAACCCUUUGACCCCUGCUAGCACCCUGGGUAGCAGACAACAGCGCAGUAACAAUUUUCUUGCUAAAAUUCCUCCAGUCAUUGACUCUCAACAAAAACAAAAAUCAGCUUUAGUGCGAAUGGGAAUAUUUGCCUGCGUUUACGCUGCAGUAAUUAUAACUGCUGCUGGAAUCAGUUUUUACGAAUGGUGGAACAGAGAUUCUUGGCUUAGGGCACCAGAGCCAUCGACGUCACCUAAAGCACCAUCAAAGCCGUUGCUCCAACUUUUUCUUAUACGAUCGGUCGCAACUUUGGUAGCUGGGGUAAUGGCAGCGGCAUGGAUUUGGUGGCCUAAUGUCGUAUAUAUUUGGCGACGUUUACCACCCUGCAAGCAGCCACCUCAUAAAUGUCACCCUCACACCGGACUUCAAGUUCCUGUUGUCAGAUGCUACAGCGCAGGAUCUACGACCACCAACUCACACCAAAUUCAUCACCUCAAUCACCUAGCGCCGCAACAUCCCCUACUCAGGACUACCACUCCUAAUGUUAGUAAUGGACAAAUUAUUCAAGGUCCUUACAGAAGCCAUAAAAAACAUAGAAAACAUAGGAAACAUCACAGUGGUAGCGAAACUCAAGUCUAACAUUAAGAAAAGUUGGUGACCUCGUAUAGUAGCAGUUCUUCUAGAUUUUAACGUUACCAAGGCACCCCUUGUAGGAAAGAUAGAGAGCCUUUCUUCAGAUGACAUUUUUUUCUGGUUUUGUUUUUUUGGUUAUACUUCAGAGCGAAAAUGCUAUACGUUGAUGAUUUGGAAAGAGUUAAUUUUCUUGAUCAUAAAAUGACAAAAGACUGAUAAUUUAAAACAAAUAAGGGUUACAAGAGAUCCUCCAACAGCUGCCACCCGAGUCUAGACGAAAUGUGAGGGGUGAUAAACUAGACGGUAGAAAAGGGAGAUUUAAAACGUAAAAAACAUCCUGAAUAAAAUAAUCUAACUUAAAAACAAGCUUGCUUACCUGUCGCUCAAAAUUUCUGACGUGCGUGUAAACAUUGAAAGCAAAGCGUUCAUCGCUGGAGUUGAAUGUCAUGUUAUCUUUAUGGGGUGACAUGGAGGAAACGUUAGAGUCAUAUGUAUACGAUAAUAAACACAAUCGAUUAGAUAAAUAUAUUUUUAUGCAUCCCAUUCUCAUUGCAAGAACAGAAAAACCAGAUGAUCAUUUACCAUUAAAUUUCGGGUUAAUUUUUUUUCUCUCCCUAGCUCAGUGGAUUUUUCUGUCAAUUUGUACUUUUCUGCACUAACCAUUUAUGUAAAGAACUAAAAUGGAAAGGAGUUAAAAACCGAAAUCAUCAUUAAGGCAGCUCUAAAAUAUUUCUGUUACUACUGGUGCAGCUAGUGCUGUUACUACCACUACUAUUAUUAUUAUUUUUAUUAUUAUCAUCUUGAUCAUUAAUAUUAUCGUUUCCAUCAUCAUAAUUUUUCUGAUUUCAUAUGUACAAAUAAAUAAAUACAUAAUGAACAUAAGAAGAAAUUGAAAGCUCGGAAUGAACAAAAUGCCGCCUGAUAAAUGCCUACACAAUACAAAGUUAUUAUAUUGUGAUAAACAGAAAAACAAAAUUUUUCUUAUUGUUCCUUAAGAUAAAAAUGUAAAUAAUAAUAAUAAUAAUAAUAUCAAAACUAAGGUUCUUUGAUAUUAGGUUUUAUGAUGUAAUCUUCUAUUUUAUUUUAAUUUCUUUUUAGCUUGCAAUUGAAAUGACUAAAAUAAUGUAGUGAAACUCAACUUUUGACGUACUACAAUUACAUUCAUGUAUUUGUUAAUUAUGUAUGAAAAUAGAUUUUUAGUAAUAAUACAUAGCUGUAGCAUACAUAUAAAAUAAUAUGUAAAACUUAAGAGAAAAAAACUACGAAGACUUUUAUAUGUUAUAAAUAAUAAUAAAAUUCAUGUUCUAUAGUUACAUGCCGCAGAUAAAACGACCAUGAUACAUUUUUAGAUCGGUUAGGAGGAUGUUGUUUGGAUUUGUGAUGUGUUUUCUCUGUCUCAUCUUCUUCUCGAUCUUCUUCAAUUUUAACAUUCCAAUAAAUCGAUCAAUUCAGUCAUUAGAUUCGAAUUUUUGAGCUCGAUAAGGCCUACAAAUAUACCGAAAAAUAAUAGAUCGUUUCUUCAUCCCGACAAAAGUUAAAAAUAUACAAAGGUAUACAUUUUUUUUCGUAAUAUUUCGAUGUAUUCAUAUAUAUUUUGAUCUGAGAAACACCGAUCCAUCGAUUGAACUAUCGAUGGGCUACGACUAACGCCAAUCCAAAUGUCUUCAUUUUUCUGCUCCAAAAACCGAAAAACCCGCGAUAAAUCGAUCAUUUCGACAGAUAGAUCAAUUAAGUCAGUAGAUUCGGAUUCCUGAGCUCAUAAUACGUAUGAACAUUAAACGAAAAAGUAUCUCGAUUCUUGGCUCCAAUCACAAACUAUAGCCACAGCAUUUUUAUAAUCAAAAAUUAGAUAUUUGUCUAAACAUUUCAGCGCAUUUUGACCUCAACAAUUGAUAGUAGCGCGCGCAAUGCUAGUCCAAAUUCAAAUUAGGUAACAAUAGCGUCCCGCCGACUGAUCACGUGCCGAAAAAAGUGAGUGAAUUAAAAUGGCGCCCUAGAACUUUUUGUCGAAUCUAUAAGCCUCCGUUUGAAGUUUAUUGUUAGAAGUGUACUAAACGUUGUGAAAUUGUUGAUAAAAUCGAGUAAACUCAGUGUUGAAAAAUACGUGAACGAUAACAUUGUGUAGCGAAGCAUGGCACGGUAUACAUUCAAAUGGGAACCAUCAGAUUUGAAACGAUGCGUAACAUACUAUGCCUUCUGAUGAAAGAUGUAACAUAUCAGUGACUGUGCGGCAAAUCAGCCUUUUCAAUGAGUUGGAACUCUAACAACAUUGUAAAGUAAUUAUUUCAAUUCAAGAUUAAAUCUCAAGCAUUAAAAGCAAGUUUUCUAAGUUAUCACAAUCUCUUGUUAUCGUAUAUUGUGUACCAAGGGCGUAAAAUGGGCUUUUUCAAACCCAGUGUGAAGUUUGCAGUACGAAUUUGCAGUAUGUAGCAACAAACCUACUACAUUGAUAUACGAACUAAAGUUUCGGUUGUUUGAUAGACUCUAUAUUACAUAUGCAGAUCGGUGAUAGAGAUGGUUAACUUGAUAUUGAGUGAUUUGUCAUGCUACUGCGAGAGAGCGGCCUACCACCCAGUUUUUUCUCACCAGUGUUGGUGUGCACAUGCUAUCAUUUUAUUACUAAUCUCCGGUCAAUGAUUUUAUAGUCUAAGACAUUACAAUCUAUUUUACGCGGUCGAAUUUGGACAACUGUAACAUAUUUUGUAAUAAUUAUUCAUGAUUUUUGUGAAAAUUUUUAACAAUUUUUUAGCGGACGACAAAGAUUGAAAAUCUUCCGCUAUUGUGAGCAGCGGGCGUUUUUCAGUUCUUAUCGCCCGCCGGUCUAUGAACGGUCAGGUAAAAAGAACGCGAAAAUCGUGCUAGUAAUAAAAAAAAAUAUUUUUAUUUGUUCGUUUUUUCUACGGUGGUUAUUUAUUGAUCUACAUUUAUAUUGGGCAAGACCAGGACUUUUGAAAUAAAGCCAAGUCCGGACUAAUCUUGUCUAAUGCCUGAGUACAAAAUUAAAGUAAUUAUAUAAUGAUAAUGUACAAUGAGUUAUAAACAGUUUGAAAAAUUUUACUUUUUCCAAUGCGAAUAAAAUUCAGAUAGCCAAUA